AUGGAGAAGGCCGGCUCCAUGCACGCCUCGGUGCCCACCCCGCCGCCGCGCCUCUACCUGCCGCGUAACUUCAGCUACAGCGCCUGCCUCUACGGCAGCCUGGCCGAGCAAUGCAAGGGCGGCUGCAGCCCGGAACCCGAGCCGGUGGAAGCGCCCUCCUCGCCGCCCCUCUCGCCGCCCGUCACCCGAGAGGCGCCCCCGCGGCCCCCGCCGCGCUCGCCUUCGCCGCCGCCCACCUCGCCGCCGCCGCCCUCGCCCUCGUCCCGCGGCAGGGAGCCCACCCUGCCCUCGGUGCCCCCUAGCCCGACCCUGCGCCGGAGGGCCAAGUCCCUUCCGACGCCCGGUGAGCGGGGCUUGCGGCCGGCCUUGCAGCAGAGCCCGUCGCGCCGAAAGACGGUGCGCUUCGCUGACUCGCUGGGGCUAGAGCUCACUGCCGUGCGCCACUUCUGCCAGGCCGACGUGCCGCGCGUGCCUCCGCCGCCGCCCCCGCUGGCAGCCUCGCCGCUUGCCCGAGCCAACGCCGCCGCCGACCUACUGAAGACGCGCAAGCCGCCGGCGCUGGGAGAGCUGGAGCCGGUGCUGUUCGGGCCGCCGGCGCCCGUGCUGGAGCCCCUUUUCCCGCCGGCGCCCGGUUCGAGCGCCGGCUUCCUGGAGCGCGUCCGCCAGCACAAGGUCAAGCUGGAGUCGGUGCGGCCGGAGGCGUCAGCGCUGCGCGGUGCCGUGCGCGUCCUCAACCUGGCCUACGAGAAGGCCGUCUCGGUGCGCUACACGCUCAACCGCUGGGCCAGCAGCAACGAGGUGCCCGCUGCCUACCUGCCGCCCCCCGCCUCAGGCCACGCUGCCGCCGACGGCGGCCUAACCGACCGCUUCGCCUUCCACUUGCCUGUGGGCGCCGGCACCACGUUUCUCGAGUUCGCCCUGCGCUACCGCGUCGCCGGCACCGAGUACUGGGACAACAACGACGGCCACAACUACAAGCUGCGCGCCAGGCAGAGGACGCCUGCCGCUUCUUGCCUCGAGCCCGACGGCGCCUGGAUCCAUUUCAUCUGAGGCCCAGGCUGGCAGCCUCCUGCCCGGAUUCGCUGCCCUGAGGGCCCUGGUCUUUGCAGCGCCUCUCCAGGAUUCGUGUUGGGGAGCAACGCCUGACACCAGCAGUUCUUCGGGAGACGCUGAAGAGAGGGACCGGAAAGCCCAGGAAAGAGAGCGCCUUCCUGAAGUGCAGUGGCAGUGUGGUGGCUUCAUGCGCCUUACGGUCAGGAAUCUUCUUGCUAUGGCCAGUGGACAUGGAGAACAUUAUGGAAAGUCUGCUUCCAACUCUGUGGCUCAUUGAAUUCACUUCCUUCAUGGUAUUUG